AUGGCAGCCACGGUCCUAGCAGCUGUUUUUAUUGCUAUUGUUUUAGUCCUCGGACUAAAUUAUUUUCUAUGGCCGUUGAAGCAAGUUCGCGGAAUACCAACGAUAUCGUUCUGGGUGGCAUUGCUGCCACUUUUCAAGGACGUUGACCAGCAAGAGAUAUUUAAGAAGUAUAUUGAUGAACCGCUAAGGAAGCAUGGCGCUGUAAAGAUCUUCUUCGCGGCACAGUGGAACUUGUUGGUUCACAAGCCGGAAUAUUUGGCCGAGAUUUUCAAGCGCGAGGAUAUAUAUAAAAAAAGCGGCAACUUUAAGAAAAUCCCCAACAGUGUCUUGGCUACGCUUCUGGGAGAUAACGUUAUAUCUAGCCAUGGAGAGACGUGGAAGCUGUACACGCAACUUAUUAAGCCUGGACUCCAAAUGGCUCCUGAUUUUGGUAUUUUAAUUGGGAAUGCCAGAAGGCUAUGCAGCAUCUUUGUCGAUUUACAAGCCCGAGCGACAGCAGGUGGUGUCGGCGUCCAGGAGAGCGUGCAGCGGUACACGAUCGCAAACUUUGGCCAACUGCAAUACAAUGUCGAUUUUGGUACUUUACAUUCAGAGGACGCCUACCUGCAUCGGAUACAGUACCAGAUGAAGAGGGAAAUCUUCAAACCCAUCUUUAUGAAUUUCCCAUUUCUGGAUAAUCUACCGUUUCCUAGCAGACAACGGGCUAGGCAACUCGCAUCGCACUUUACAGACCAUUUGGUACUGGCAUUGGAAAAUGGACACAACUCUAACAAAUCUGACAAAUCUGAGAAGGAUCAACAAAGCCAGCUACCAAGGACUCUUCUAGAGGCUAGAAAUGCUGGGAUAUUAACAGAAAAGCAAUUCCGGGAUAAUGUCACCAUACUAUUCGUGGCUGGUCAAGAGAAUCCCCAGUUGGCAAUUAUAUCCAUCCUGUAUUUACUUGCCAAGCAUCCUGACCUACAAGAACAGCUGUUCAAUGAGCUGACACACGCUCCUAACGAAGAGAUCAGCCAGGAACACCUGCAAGGUCUGCCAUUACUAGCCUCAACUAUAUACGAAUGUCUGAGACUGUUCCCGCCUAUAGGACAGCUCAUUAACCGACGUGUUUCCACCGCAAUUAACCUAGGAGGCGAGAUUCUCAUCCCGGCAGGCACAUACGUUGGUUAUAACUGCUAUUCCACGAACCGUGACCCCAUGGCCUGGGGAGAAGAUGCAGAGAAGUUCCGGCCACGUCGUUGGGGCCAGUCAUGCGUGGACAUCCAGAAGGAGUACAGACGACGAAGAGCCCGUGCGGAGUUCAUCUCUUUCCACGGUGGGCAGCGGGCUUGUCUGGGAGAGCGGUUUGCAGUCUUGCAGUUAAAGGCGACUUUGUAUGUUCUUGUGACGAGUCUUCGCUGGCGCCUUGAUCCAACGUGGCGGGAUAGAAUGACUCCGGCUGGUCCACUAUAUCCCAGAAAUCUGCGCUUGAUAUUCGAAGAGAGGGAGACGGGAAGCCCAUUGCCCGCGCAGAACACACCCCAGUCUGCCUGA